AAGGAAUAUUUGAUUUGCGAUGUUGCUGCUUUGUAUAUUUGUACUAUUUUUAGGACUUUCCACAGUCCAAGGACAAGGGAGAGUGUAUAUUGGGUAUGCUGGCAGUUCUGUGGUGCCUGUCCUCCGAUUUUCCAGCAAUGAUGCUACACUAACAGUUCCAGUGUAUUUACAAGUAAUGAAUGCCACAGAUGUUGCUGCCGUAGAAAGUCUUAAUCCUAAUGUGGUGGUGUCCUGUGAGCUGAGCUACCCUGUUGAAGGUUACAGUAGAGCCAGUUUUGUUGAUGUUACUGUAGGCAACACUAAUACCAACAGCACUGUCAAUUUUAAUAUAAAUAAUCCUGGACGCACCUUAGAUGUGCGAUGCUUUGGCGUUUCUAACAAUGGCUUGUUUACAAAGACUGGAUCCAUCAGCUCCCCAGUCCCGUUUACCAUUGUUACUGCCCCAAAAGUCAGUAUUUGUACAGAUGGUGGGGUGGUGGUACAGAACUUGCCACGAACAACAAAGCAGAGCUUUCUGGUAGGAUUUAGUGAAGCCACCUUGGGUCCUGUAGACAUCAUCUGUAUAGUAGCUGGGAGUGGAACAACACAGCUGAACAUUUCAACUGUCACGUCCAGUGCCAAUGAAAACAGGACCACGGUGACUUACAGUCUGAAUAAUGCUGGCACACCUGUAACGGUCAGAUGUUCCGGCCAAUCGCAGGGAGGAACGAGACAGUACUUACAUAGUACCUCUGCAGGGGAUUUUGUUCAGUUUACAAUGAAUAGCCCACAACUGAGAAUAUAUCCUCGAUACAUGGAGUCCACAUCACCGUCCUUCAAUAUGCUGGUGGUGGUGGAGUCUGCUCCUGAUUCAGGGGUACCCCUACUAAGCUGUCAGGCCUCUGUCUUCAAUAACACUCAACAGGUGGCUGAGGCCAUCAACCAAACCAAUCUGGCAGGCAAUUGUCCCAUAGCUACUACAACUACUACUACAACAAGUCUGUUACAUUUUACAGCUUCUCCUUCUACUACUACUGCCUCCACUGACGUCUCUGGUCCAGCCUGGGGUGCCCUCAUUACGAAAACCAAUCUGGUUAAUGUGACACGUCGUACUGGAGUGACAUCUGCCGUCACAGAGUAUGUUGUGGUUACCUGCUGUAGUACAAGUGGCACUCCUAUCCUCAGUGAUGCUGUGUUUGUGGAGGUCAAUCUCACACCCAAUGUGACACUAGACUGGAGCAAGGCUACUGCACAAUCUGCUGUUAAUGCUGGCAGGAAGUACCAGAAUCCAGCCUAUGUAGAUGUGGCUCCAUGCCCUUGUGAUUUGACCUUUGACCUCUGUGACAUUAACUGUUGCUGUGAUACGAAUUGCACUGAUGCCAUGAAGAGCUCGUUUUCCUUCUGUGUUCCUGGACUGGCAGGGGGAGAGACAGCCCCUGUACCGGAGUAUGACUGUGACUCCACACAUCCACUUAAGGAUGACUGGUUUCCCCUCAUGUGUGUGUAUCGGGAGUACAAUGCCCUGCUUGGCUACUUCUACGCAAACUCACUAAGUGUUCGCUCUUCACAGAGUUUUCAGGAGAAAAUUUCUGGAGAAGAAUUUUACUCAUACAAGGAGGAAGAGUCGAGAACAUCAGCUACUUUGUCAACAGCUUAUAAAUCAGGGACAACAGUGACUGUUAGCCAGGACGGAACAAGUCAGGAGUAUACUGUACCGCUGGUGCUACCCCACCGUGUGUUGUCUGGCCAGUGUACCCUGGCAUCCCCAGUCCAAUACCUAGUGGAUGAUAACACAGACUGCUUGAUUGACCUGAAUGAGGCCUCGUGUUCAGUAGAUGGGUCUUUUAAUGCCUUAUUUUAUGUGGAGUCAAGUAGUACAAGGAGCCCUUCCUGUCCCAAACCUUUUGUGGUUCGUGGUAACAAUGGAUUGGAAAGUACAACCAUAGCUGUGACAUCUGUAAAUUAUCAUUGUACUACUGACUUCACAGGAUAUAUCAAGGAUAACACUGUAACAUCACCCACACGACCUACAAACACAACAACAUUUAACUACACAAUGCCUAGUCUGGCUGAUCAGGAUGAAUGUGGAAAUGAUAUAACUACUGACUUUAACACUAUUGCUACCAGUACCUCUGACGAGACCACCCUCCCUCCACGCUGUAGUUUUGAUAAUGGAUACCAACGUCCACCUGUUCCAUCAUUCGAUAAUGCUAAUUCUUUGUGUAGUAACACUGUACUGGAGGUGCGUUACAAGUUCCUUUGGUCUGGGUCACAGAUACUGCAACUGAAUGCCACAGUGAUCAUGGGAAAUGUACCUGUAGGCUCUGUGAUCACCCAAAAAUUCUCUACAGAGUUUAUACACAGCUUCAGUGGUAACAUCAGUCAGGAUGAUUAUUUAGGCCUCGGAACAAGCUUUGAACGAUCAGGCUGGCCUGGUUAUGACAAAGGGAAGCCACUCUUCACAGGAUCAGCAAUGACCUUGAAUGAUGGGGCAUUCUAUGUUAAUCAGAAUACAAGCAGGCAACAUGCCUUGUGGAGCACUGAUGUUAAUGGACUGUGUUAUAAUGCUGGAAGAAGACCUAUAAUGUUUGGGGAGGACUCCUUUACAAGUUGUGAUAUUUACCUCACAGCUGCUGACUUAUAUGGAGAUUGUGAAGAUUUGAGGAAAUUACUAAUCAAUCGCUUGAACAACCUGAUGGCUGCGGACAGAAUUGGACGAUUUGGUAAUAAUAAUCCAUAUGACAGUAGCCACUGGGUUACAGUUCAAAGGGGUAAUCUUUCCUAUGUGUGUGAGCGCCCGGUCAACUUGACGGAUGCAGACGUGAUUGCAAGAGAAUCAAGUGGAAUGUGUACUGAUGUAGUGACAGGAAUUAACUUGGAAAUAAUGUACGCAGAGACUGGAAAAUCUGACUACCAGCCUAUCUAUGAGGUCAUAGGCGCCUUUAUCAGUUACACUAACAUCACACUGAACCUGACCUGUGGUACAAGUGGAGAUCCAGCUUGUCAGGGCAUAGGAGUGCAGGCUUUCCCCAUCCAUAGCACAGUCAACUUUGUCAAGGUGUCAGCCCAGACUCCACCCAGAAUUGACAGGUGGCAGGAGUUCUAUGAUGCUUCAAUCUGCAGUAAAGACACAUGCUGGGAAGAGCUUAUAUACCCCCUGUCUAGUGCCUAUGAUGGUUCCAAACAGUUUGCCCUCGCAAUGGUCCUCUUACUCAUCCUCUUCAUCAUCGGCUAUCUCAUGCUUGUCCGGCCAUGGUGGUCCAUCAAUAUAUAGCACACAACACUGAUCAGCUAGGAUGUAGUCAGUGUUAAAAAUGGUGGCACAGAUACUGAUUCUAAUUGUUAACGACCAACACGGACACAGAUACUGAUUCUAAUUGAUAAGGACCAACACAGACACAGAUACUGAUUCUAAUUGAUAACGACCAACACGGACACAGAUACUGAUUCUAAUUGAUAAGGACCAACACAGACACAGAUACUGAUUCUAAUUGAUAACGACCAACACGGACACAAAUACUGAUUCUAAUUGUUAACGACCA